UUUGUGCAUAUUGACGCUCAAUUAGGGGACAUGUAACAAAUUUAUUUUCGAGCUGAAGCAUUGUCUGCUGCAAAAAAGAUCAGUUUUGUCGUAGCUUUUGUGGUGUGGUGAUAUCAAGCAAAGAAAUAAAUUAGAAGCACCCAAGAAAGCAAGUAAGGAAGCCACCGAAGUAACUCCAAGUGCAAACGAAAGCAAAGAAAUUUCGACUCACAAAAAUGCCGAUGAUUAAGCUGCAAUCUUCCGACGGGGAGGUGUUUGACACAGAUGUCCAGAUUGCCAAGUGCAGCGGGACAAUUAAGACAAUGCUGGAUGACUUGGGGAUGGAUGAGGGAGAGGAUGAAAUGGUGCCGCUGCCGAAUGUCAAUUCAGCCAUUCUCAAGAAGGUGCUCCAGUGGGCAACGUACCACAAGGAUGACCCCCAGCCGGCCGAGGAUGAUGAGAACAAGGAGAAGCGCACAGAUGAUAUCUCCUCGUGGGACGCGGACUUCCUCAAAGUUGACCAGGGCACGCUCUUUGAACUCAUUCUGGCCGCCAACUAUCUCGACAUCAAAGGCCUCCUCGAUGUAACGUGCAAGACUGUGGCCAACAUGAUUAAGGGAAAGACGCCAGAGGAGAUUCGCAAGACGUUCAACAUCAAGAAUGACUUCACCCCCGCUGAGGAGGAGCAGGUUCGCAAGGAGAACGAGUGGUGCGAGGAGAAGUAAAGCCUCCUCCCCCCAGAAUUCCCUCCAUCGCUCGAAAACUCGUUCCAUGCCACAGUAAAUGUCCCCCCAACAAAAAAAAUGAAUUUCUAAACUAAAUACGGCAUUUUACUGUGCCAAGUAACGAAUUCUCUUUAUUUCGCUCAUUUUUCUGUGUAAACAUAUUUCACAUUUUCACGUGUUUUCUGUUAAAUCAUAAUUAUAAUGUCCUGAAUUACGAAAUAAAAGAAACGUUUAGUUUAGCAUCA